GCCAUUUAAAAUAACCAUAGAGAAUGGUAUUUCUGAGCCUACUAGCCAGCUAAGUUUGGAACAAAAUUACAAAGGACUAGGCUGUACAGUUUGGGAUGGCAGCAUCGCUCUUGCUAAAAUGUUUGAAAAUGACUCUCAAUUGAUCGAACAUCUCAGAAAUUCUACUGUGCUAGAACUCGGAGCAGGCUGUGGGCUUGUAGGCCUUGCACUUUCAUAUAUGGGUGCGAAAUAUGUUCUGUUGACUGACAUGGAUGUUUGCCUGCCAACACUAAAGAUAAAUGUGGAUAAACACAGCUGUGAUUUAAAGAAAGACAGUAUUCUGGUCAUGUCAUACACUUGGGGUGAAGAUACGAAAGCUUUAAUGAAGCCACAUGGAAAGUUCAACAUCAUUGUUGCAGCCGAGGUGCUGUAUGAUGAGUCUGACUCAAAACUACUUGCUUACAGUGCAUUGCAGUUACUUGCUGAGGAUGGAGUCAUGUUUGUCUCUAUGGGAAGAAAUCGGAAGGGUGAAACCGCAUUUGUAGAUGUUAUGAGGGAGAAUGGUUACAGUACCUUUGAAGUUCAAAAGGAAAAACUCCAUCCAAAGUAUCAAGACGAAAUAAUCAAAGUCAUAAAAGUGAUAAAGAAAAUUACUUAAAAAUUUAUUGAUUUGUAUACUCAACUACCUACUACAAUGUUCCUGUCAAAUAUUAAAUAAUAUAAGACAAUAAUUUACCCAAAACUUGCUAUCACAAUCAGUGAUGAAUACCAUACAAAAUUAAUUCACCAC